UUUGUGGCUAUCAGAUCGAUUACUCCAACGCGUGCUUCAAGUUAGAACAAUUUUUUUUGUGAAAAUGAUUUCUAAUUCAUCAUCGAAAAAUGAUAAAAGUAAGGUCGCAACCGAAAAGCCAAAGUGCGAUAAAGCCGAAACAACGUCGACAAAGAGCAAAGAACGUCCAUACAAACUGCGACACAUUCGGAGCUUCUCCCGCGAUUACCAGCAGAUGAGUCACAUUCCGCUGUACUGCUAUUUAUGCCGGUUACAGUGCAAAGAUGACAACCGUUUCGCCAAACACAUGACGAAACACGGGCGCAUAUUUGGUUUCAUUCGUCAGGUUGAUGACUACCUUCUGGAGGAAUCGAGUUUCACCGUGCGUUUGGACUACCGUCCCGAUUACGCCAGAACGUUGGUGUACGUGCGGAACGUGUCACCCCAUUCGGUGUUGCGACUUAGCCGGGCCUACAUCCACCUGGCAGACGGUCACAUGAAGAUGCUGAUUGAAAGCGAGAUGCGCCUUCCUUGGGGUACGGUUUCAAAGUUUUGCUUCGACAGUUGCCUGCUGUCGGAGCUGGAUAGAAGCUACGGACUGAUAUUGGUUGGACUGGCGGACUCAAAGACAGAAAUAUUGGAACUUUACCACCUGCAAGUGACCGUGUUGAGUCAUUUCGUGAAAGAGCAGCUAAUUUUGAAGAAACCAACGAUUCAUUGUCCGCUGUUGAAUCAGUAUCCGGUACCGAUGGAAAAAAAGAUCAUAUACGAGAGUUUUCAAUGGUUCAACAAAUAUGUCGCAACAAAUCACGAGCAGCUGUCUGCUGUGCGAAAUAUCGUGAAUCGGACUUCGUUCCCUGCUCCGUACAUAUUAUUUGGACCACCCGGUACUGAAAAAACUUCAACUAUCGUAGAGGCAGUUUUACAAAUUUAGAAACUACAACCCAAAGCCAACGUUCUCGUAUCGGCAGCUUCAAAUUUCGUCUGUGAUGAAUUCACCACGCGCCUGCUGGAAUUUAUUCCCGCCACCGAUGUGUUCCGUUUCGUAUCCUUCGUAUCGAUUUUGCUGAUAACGGAACAACACCAUCGUUCUCAAAGAGCAGU